GGAUUUUCCCUCUGAACCGGCAACUGCAAAGGGGUGUCCUAUGUCAACAGAAGAAUUUCAUAAUGUGGAUUUAUGUAAGAGUCAGGCUUUAAGCUAUUUUCAAAAAGGUCAAAACUGCUCAUUUCUUAUUGUGCCUCACAACAAAGACAUAUUCAUCUAGAAACACAAUCAUCAGGGCUCAUUAUGCCGAUGAUGAAGGAAAAGGAAUUAAAGUUGUAUUGGCACGACAUCCAUGACAUGCAACAGAAGAAUCCAUGGCACAGAAAAUUAAUUGUGAUCCUCACAAUUUUAUUCAUUGUGGGCAUUAUAGUAAUUGUCAGUACGGCAAUAAUACAGAAUAAGCCUCUUCCUCAGAAGAUGAAGUAUGGAAUCGUCCUGGAUGCGGGUUCUUCUCACACAUCCUUGUAUAUUUACAAGUGGCCAGCAGAGAAAGAGAAUGACACUGGAGUGGUACAGCAGCACCAUGCAUGUAAUGUGAAAGGUCCUGGAAUUUCUAGUUAUUCAGCCAAAACAGACAAUGCAGGAAAAUCUCUAAGUGAGUGCAUGGACCUCGCAAAGACCAGCAUCCCAGAUGUUCGGCAUUCAGAAACUCCAGUGUAUCUCGGAGCGACAGCUGGAAUGAGACUACUUAGGGAACAAGAUGAUAUGGCUUCAGAAAAUGUCCUCACCUCUGUAGCUAACACACUCCGUUCCUACCCGUUCAAAUAUGAAGGAGCACGGAUUAUCACGGGGCAGGAAGAAGGCGCCUAUGGCUGGAUUACUGUCAAUUAUCUACAAGGCAACUUCCAAAAGAAUAGCCGAUUUUUUGGCCCAUUUCAAGAUACACAGGCCUCUGUAACACUUGGGGCAUUGGAUCUGGGUGGAGCCUCCACUCAAAUAACCUUUGUGCCGCAAGAAGAAAUUGAAUCAGAAGAGAAUUCUCUGCAUUUUCGACUCUAUGGAAAAGAUUACAAUGUUUACACUCACAGCUUCCUCUGUUAUGGAAAGGAUCAAGCUUUGAACCUAACAGUUGCUAUAAAUUUGAAGAUAGAUGAGCCUGACAAUGUGCAAGAAAAUCCUUGUUUUCAUGUAGGAUAUUCAAAGACGAUCUCACUGAAGAACCUCUACAAGAGCCCUUGUACUGCAAAGCAGAAAAAAAAUCUAAGAAUGGAUUCAGUUGUUCUAAACGGGACAGGAAAUGCAUCAAAAUGCAGGGAAAAUGUUCUCAAAAUUUUCAAUUUUAGUGACUGCACGUCAUCAUCCUGCUCUUUCAAUGGAAUUUACCAACCACACAUCUAUGGUUCCUUUGGGGCAUUUUCUGCAUACUACUUUGUCAUGCAGUUCUUAAAUUUAACAACACACCAUGAAACAUCACUGGCAAAAGUCAAAGAAAAAAUGGAAUAUUUCUGCUCCACACCAUGGGCCAGCGUGAAGCAGAGAUUCCCUACUGUUAAAGAAAAGUACUUGAGUGAGUACUGCUUUUCUGGGAACUACAUCAUUACACUUCUUGAAAAUGGAUACUCUUUUACUGAAGACAACUGGAACACCAUUACAUUCAUUAAAAAGAUUGGCAACAGCGAUGCUGGCUGGACUCUGGGCUACAUGCUGAAUCUCACCAAUAUGAUCCCUGCGGAGGCACCAAGCUCCCCACCACUUCCUUACGGUGGCUAUGUUGCAAUAAUGGUUAUAUUCUCCCUACUUCUCCUGGCUCUCUGUACGAUUGGAUACAUAUUUUUUGGUAAACCUGCCUGCAACUCUCAGAAGCACAUAAUUUAAUGUGUCAUUGACUCAGAUAUUAGAAUCAUUAAGUCGGGUUGAAGCCAUUUAAAAGGCUCAAAUAAGCCAAGAUGUUAGUGGCAUUAUUUCACUUUUUCACAGCUAUACCUCAGGUUUGAAACCUUUUAUAUUGUUGGCAUUCUGCUCCUUCUUGCCAAA